AUGGCAAUGCUGCUUCAAGCAAGAAGAAUAUUGGCACAAUCCCUGCCUAGGUAUAACUCAAAAUCACCUCAAACCUUCGUUAAGUUGCUAGGAUCGACGCACGGUUUGCACGAUAAUGCAACGAAAAGUAAGUUGUUCAAUCCGAAUGAGACGUCAGGGAAGGUCAUUACUUGCAAUGCUGCUGUUGUCCGAGGUCCGAAACAACCUUUUCUUAUGGAAACAAUUCGAGUCGAUCCCCCGAAGAAGAUGGAGGUCCGAAUCAAGAUCCUUUACACUUCAAUCUGCCAUACUGAUCUAAGCGCUUGGAAAGGCGAGAACGAAGCUCAGCGAGCGUUUCCUCGAAUUCUAGGCCAUGAAGCUGUUGGCUUGGUUGAGAGUGUGGGUGAAGGUGUCACAGACCUUAAAGCAGGUGACCAUGUGAUUCCAAUCUUCAACGGAGAAUGUGGCCAUUGUCCCUACUGCACAACUAAGGCUACGAAUCUCUGCCAAACUUUUCGUGUGAACCCAUUCAAGAGUGUAAUGCAAAAUGAUGGAAAGUGUAGGUUUUCUACCAAGGAUGGAGAACCCAUAUUCCAUUUUCUCAACACAUCGACUUUCACCGAGUAUUCUGUGCUUGAUUCUGCUUGUCUUGUCAAGAUUGAUCCUGAUUCUCCCCUCAAGAAGAUGAGCUUGUUAAGUUGUGGUGUCUCUACUGGAGUGGGAGCUGCAUGGAACACUGCCAAUGUACAAACUGGAUCAAGUGUAGCAAUUUUUGGUUUGGGAGCCUUGGGACUUGCUGCUUCAGAAGGAGCUAGAGCCAGAGGAGCAUCCAAAAUAAUAGGUGUUGAUAUCAACCCAGAAAAGUUCAAUAAAGCCAAAGCGGUGGGAAUGACAGACUUUGUAAACCCAAAAGAUGGUUCAAAGCCAGUGCACCAGAGAAUCAGGGAAAUGACUGGUGGAGGUGUAGAUUAUAGCAUUGAGUGCGCAGGCAAUUUGCAUGUUCUCCGAGAAGCCUUCUUGUCCACCCAUGAUGGAUGGGGAAAGACAGUGGUAGUAGGAAUUUAUCCAACUCCAGAGUUGUUGCCUCUCCAUCCAAUGGAGUUGUUUGAUGGUCGAAGCAUCAUUGGGACAAUCUUUGGAGAUUUCAAGGGCAAGAGCCAACUGCAUGAGCUUGCCAGAGCCUGCACAAAUGGGGAUGUGAAUCUAGAUGAGUUCAUCACACAUGAACUUCCGUUUGAGAAGAUAAACGAAGCGUUCAAGUUGCUUGGUGAUGGGAAGGCAUUGAGAUGUCUUCUGCACAUUUGA